CCUGACAAUGUUAUUUAAAGACGUGAGAAUAGCAUUCACUAUUAGUCGUUUGCGUCAUUAACUCAAAAUUAAAUGAUUUGAAGGGUGUCAAGUGAUAUCAAAAAUAAUAUAAUAAUUGGCAAAAAAUCAUAUACUUAAAAAUAAAAGAAAUAAAUUCAUGUCAGAAUGAAUCUUCCAGUAACAAAGAAAAGUAAAGACGAUACAAACAAAGGAGAAUCUAGCUUAGACAUUUCUAAGGAAGCAAAAAGUAUGAUAGACAAAAUCUUAGGGGACGUGAGCAAAAAAUCUGCCACCAAACAAAUCAUUAUUGGUACAACAUCAGGAUGCACAUCAAGGAUACAUCAAAAUUAACUGGGAUAAAAUUCAAAAGAAAGCUGAAAAAAUUACAGAUAAAGUGGAGGAGAAGGUAACAGGUGAAGGACCAAAACUUCUGGAUAAGGUAGGAUCAUGGUGUCGACACAAUACACUUGUGGCAACAAGUUUCAUUGGUGGUUUCAUUAUUGGUUUAGCAUUCUGAGUGAGAAGCUAUUAGUCUUAUAUAAAAAUAUGAGCGAAUGUUACUUAUUACUUUUAAUGUUAACAUUAUAUGUUAGGUAUUAUUUUCAUCAUUUCAUCAUAAAAACCAAAGAUACAUGUCAUUUAAAUUAGUAAGAUCAUCUAAAUAUUAAGAAUCUAUUUUCAUUUCAAUUUUUCAAUGUAUAGCAUGAGUCUUUGUAACACUACGUUCAUGUAAUUAAAAUCUAACACUUCUGAAAAUAUGCAAAUGCAUUAAGAAGUUUUUAUAUAUCAUCGAUUAUUCAAUAUAUAUACAAUAUUUGUAUAUUAUAUAUACAAAUUUAUUAAAUUUUGUGAAAAAAAACUAAAAUCAUAACAAAAAUAUUGUAAAGAAUUACUCACAUCAAACAAUAAACAUAAUAAUUUGAUUAGUUGGAAUUUUACUUUCUUUUUGUACAUUAUAUCGAGCUUCCUGCUUUAAAAACUGAAAUAAUACAUUUUAUAAAUGUAUUUUCAAUUUUUUAUAAUUAAGUAAUUUAUGUUAGUAACGAACUCUAUUGUUUCAGGUCGAGAGAUACGUUGAUAAA